AUGUUCUCAGGGCCGUUCGACAUCCACCCAAAGGCGAAACGCCUUCGCGAUGGUCGCGAGGUCCCUUUCGACGGGGAAGCUGACUUCGUGCGCCCCCCCCCCGCCCAAGCAAAGGGGUCCUCCCCUUCACUAUCCGCGACGACAAAGACGAGCUUGCGGGAGGUGGAGAGGGUCACCGCUUUCAAGGGCGACACAGCGGUCAAGGACCCACCCGACUUCGACGUUUUUCGGAAAGGGCCCGGCGAGCUCUGGGGCGAAGACGAGGAGGGGGCCGCAGCGGCGAAGGUUGCGGCGGACAGAGCCUCGGAGGCGAUGAGGGCGGCAGGUUCCGGGAGUAGCAAGGAGAGAAUCCUCUGCUUUCACUGCAAGAAGCGGUUCGCUUCGGUGUCAUGCACCGAGUGUCGAAGUGGCUACUGCCACAGGUGUUCCACGCAUGUCCACUCUCAACCUGGCCGUCUUGGCCACGACUUGGUACCGUUCCAACGCCCGGAGAAGACAACCAACGCUUCGGAGAGAGGGUUGGACGGCGGCGGGAAAAGGGGUGAUGCCAAGAAGGCCAAGCGGGCAGCCAGGAGCCUGCCCGACUGCGCCAGGCGGGCAGAGAGUUGCCUCAAGAGCAUGGCACUCUUGAAGCACAAAGAAAUGAUCAGGGCUGACGAGAACAGGGUUAAGAUGAAGGCCAAAGACCGCAAAGAGAUGGAAGAGGCCCAAGAGAGAGACAGAAGGGCACAGGAGGAGUACAAUCGUGCCUCCACCGAGGAAAAAAACGCCGCAACAACUGUCCAAAACGCUUGCAAGGGCCUCAUGAGAAAGCUUCUGCUCAAACGGGAAUCUGAUAUACGCCGGCGCGCUCAAGAAGAAGACUCCAAGCUCAAGCUCAAGGAGACGGUAACACGAGUCCAAGCGCUGUACAGGGGCUUCUCCGUCCGACACUUUCUGAAAGAGUCGGCGGCCAGUGUUGGCGAGACGAACGCGGGCUUGGCGGCAGUACUCCCCGAGGGUGUACGCCCAAUUCUCCCCGGAAUGUCGCGAGACAAGACGGCGGCGGCGGCGAGGGCGAGGCGAGACUGUACCUUCCGGCGACGGUGGGAAAGGGAAGCGGCCAUAUCGAAAAUGAUACACCUCGAAGAGGAGUCGACCAGGACGUUUGCGUCGGACGUCCGGUGGGCGGUCGAGAACCACACAAUGCUGCGAGUGAAGAGCAACUUGCUCAAGACCCGACGAGGGGCCGCGAGGUCAGCGUGGACCCGUCUUCAGGAAGAAAAAAGCGUUCUGGAUCCCGCUCUGCCCCCUGAUGACCCGGAGAGGACACGUCUCGCAAAGGAGAUCGAGCUCCAGGAUACCCGCAUCCUGCAUCAGACGAGUAUGUUCGAGAUAGUGGAGAAGGGGCUGUAUUGGACCAGGGCUUUCAUCAGGCAGCACUACCGGCGGCAUGCUGCCCACCUGGCUAGCAAAGCGGGUUGGCUUUCGGACCAGAUAUCACGCGCGGGGAAGCAGCGGUUGAUGAUUGAUCUUGAGCAGGAAAAUCUCUUGGAGUCGGAAACGGCCCGUCUUUUGAAAGAAAAUGAACACGCCUCCAAGUGCCGGGAAAACCUCCAGGAGCUUCUCAAAGCUUACCACAUCGAUGCACAACUCGGGGCAGAACGGGUGGGAGCGGAACUAGCCAAUACCGCCUCGGAGGAAGGCACAGACGAAAGGUUCUUGUGGACCACACGGGUAACCAGGCUCAAGAACAAGGAACAGAGCGUUCGCGGAAAGGUUCAGGCGUCCUUACAGAGGGGUCUGGAGGAGGAGAUCGCCUCCGAAGACAGGUACCUUACCGAGGAAGUGACGAUCACCGGAGACGUUGCUGACGCUCCUAUCGCGCAUUUCGCCAAGAUUAAGGCCUCCUUGGUGGAGCCCCCGCGUCACCCCGCACAUAUGUCUUUCGAGUCAUGGAGGAAGGUUUACAGGGCGCAGCCUUGGCUAGCGGCGCAAACCCAGGCAGAAAACAAGAGAAAGGCGGCUAGAGCGAGCACCAUUGACGGUCUUGAGGAAAUGCGGGCGGUGGUUGCUGCAGCGAAGAGUCAGGAGGCGUUCGCCGCAAAGGAGGUCGCUUCUCUCAAGGCCGAGAUCGAGGCCUUUCAGAAACGCUUGGCGUUCAAACGCUCGGGCGCCCCCGAAGGUGCUGCUCAAGAGCCGCUGUCGGACGAUGAGCGAAUCCGCAUGGAGGUGAGAGUCGAUCAGCCGGAGGGGCACACGAGCAUGCUUGGAUCCGAUUAA